AUGGCAAACACGUGCUAUAACACAGCAAAACUUUACGUUGCAGUGUUCUUGAACAAGAAACCAAAUGAAAAGGUUAAUAUAAAAGUAUCAAUCGAACAUAAUGACGAGGAAGAUAUUGAUGUCAACAAAAUUAGAAAACUUUGCAAAAAUUUACUUUGUGAUGACAUCGAGCCAGAUAUUUUUGCAAACAACACAAAGGAUGAAGUUAAUAAAAAGUUAAAGAAUAUUUCCGAGACAAAAGCGAAGGAGUUUGAUUGUUUUAUGCUAUUUUUCCUUGGGCAAAUAGAUCAUUCAAAGGAAACCGCCGACCAAUCCCUUAAAUUUCAAUUUUGGGAUGGAUCCCUGCCAAUAGAUGAAAUCCACAACUGUGUCAAAAAGUCUUCAUAUAUGGCUGGAAAACCAAAAAUGUUUGUAUUCCAAGCUGAUGAUACCCGUCUUCUACCGACUUCUUACAUGACUAAGGCAAAACCAUUUGAAGAAGAAGAAUCCGAGCAAAAGACAAAGAAAGUACCUACUGACGCCGAUAUGUUGAUCAUCAUUAGCACUAUUCCACAACUUCUGGCAAACACACAGAAUGAAAGGUUUCUGCAAUAUACAGGAUUUUCCCAAGAGAAAACAAAGGGCGUGCAACCAAGUGAUUUGAGAGGCUCAUUUUUAAUUGAGACUUUUGUGGAAACAUUGUUGGACAAAAGCAACAUAAAUGUUGAUAUUCUUACCCUGACUACAAAGAUAAAUGGUAAAAUAGAAGAUUUAAGUGAAGAUGUCAGGAGUGACGAAAGAUUUGAUGAUGAAAUAAAUCAACAAAUUUUAGACAAACUUGAGCUGCCGCUCACGACGUCAACAUUAACGAAACUCGUUGUGUUUAAAAAGUAG